AUGGAGAUCGCCACCGGGACGGACGAGCCGACCCGGGGCAAGCUAAUUCUGAGCGCGACGCGAGACUUGGUAACGAGAACCACCCUCGUGAGUGGAACGUUGGACGUAAACGCUGGCACGUACCGCAGAUCCAGCUUCUCUGCGGAUCCUAGGCGCGGACAACGAAGCAAGGACAUGAAGAGCACGCCUCGACAACCCCCAGUUUAUCGACGAAUGGGGGAAAAAUAUAUUCAUAGGACAAGUGGGUCUCUCCCUCUUUGGGAGGGAGGGGACACAGAAGAGCCCGCGGGACGCGGUGGCGACCUGCCGGAUCGCCCACACGCGCGCCGAUCCCUCUUCGCGCGCACACAUCGCACACCGCAUUGUGCGGUGCGAGACCGCGCCCCGCCUCGCCGCAGGAUUGGCGCGGUCUCUGCGCGAGACGACGGUAGCCCGCACAUCGCUGCACGUCGGCGCGCGGCGCGAGCGGGCCCGAGGAGCAGGACCGUGCCCUCCAGAGCGGCGCGUGGAGGCAGCUUUCCUCGGCGCCCAUCCAUUGCUCCCGCGGCUGCGCACAAAGCCAGAGUGCUCGACGACCCAGAGUCCACUCGUGACCAGACAAGACGCGCGCGCGCGCGCCCGAGCCUGACAGCCCAUCUAGUCGUUUUCGGGAGUUUGGCAUCCGGCGCGCCGAGAGUUGAUGGGGAGGGAAAGAGUGGAGAGCGGGGUGGAGAAACGGAAACGGGGCGACGUGAUGUUGGCUGA